AUGAGUCAACACCCACGCCUCCACCAGUCGAGCGCCACUGCCGCUCCCGUAUCCAACGCCUCUCUCGCCCAGGACAAGGACGCAGACAUGCCUGCUACGGAGAAGGAUCUUGCUGAGGACGCGCCAUGGAAGAAGAUUCAGCAAAAUACAUUCACAAGGUGGUGUAACGAACACCUAAAAUGUGUGAACAAGCGCAUAGCGAACCUUCAAACGGACCUGAGCGAUGGGCUCCGGCUGAUCGGGCUACUGGAGGUGCUCAGCCAGAAGAAGAUGUUCCGCAAGUACAACCAGCGCCCGACGUUCCGGCAGAUGCAGCUGGAGAACGUCUCUGUGGCUCUAGAGUUCCUUGAUAGGGAGAAUAUCAAACUUGUGUCAAUAGACAGUAAAGCCAUAGUGGAUGGGAACCUGAAGCUGAUCCUGGGGCUGAUAUGGACUCUCAUCCUGCACUACUCCAUCUCCAUGCCCAUGUGGGACGAGGAGGAGGAUGCAGACGACAACAAACAGAAGACACCCAAGCAGAGGCUGCUCGGAUGGAUCCAGAACAAACUGCCUGAGCUGCCCAUCACCAAUUUCAGCCGCGACUGGCAGUCGGGCAAGGCCCUUGGAGCUCUGGUGGACAGCUGUGCCCCAGGUCUGUGUCCUGAUUGGGAUUCUUGGGAUCAAACUAAACCUGUGGAUAAUGCACGUGAGGCCAUGCAGCAGGCAGACGAUUGGCUGGGUGUUCCCCAGGUCAUCACCCCAGAGGAGAUUGUUGAUCCCAAUGUGGAUGAGCACUCUGUCAUGACUUACCUGUCUCAAUUCCCCAAAGCCAAACUCAAGCCUGGUGCCCCCCUGCGCCCCAAACUCAAUCCCAAAAAGGCCCGUGCCUAUGGACCAGGUAUUGAGCCUACUGGUAAUGUGGUGAUGAAGAAGGCUGUAUUCACUGUUGAGACAAUCAGUGCUGGCAUGGGUGAGGUGCUGGUGUAUGUGGAGGACCCUGCUGGACACCGUGAGGAGGCUAAAGUGACUCCUAACAAUGACAAAAAUCGUACCUACUCAGUAUUCUACAUACCCAAAGUCACUGGAAUGCACAAGGUGACUGUGCUAUUCGCAGGACAGCACAUUUCAAAGAGUCCCUUUGAAGUGGCUGUGGGAAUGGCGCAGGGAGAUUCCAGCAAAGUCACAGCCCAAGGCCCUGGACUGGAGGCCACAGGGAACAUUGCAAACAAGAGCACCUACUUUGAUGUUUACACAGCAGGUGCAGGCGUGGGCGAGGUUGAGGUGGUCAUUGUGGACCCCAGUGGCAAGAAGGACACAGUAGAAUGCCAUGUUGAGGACAAAGGCAACAGUAGCUAUCGCUGCACCUACAAGCCCACCCAAGAGGGCCAGCACACCAUCUAUAUCACCUUUGCUGGUGGCCAGAUCUCCAAGAGCCCAUAUACAGUCACUGUGGGAGAAGCUUGCAACCCCAGCCUUUGCAGAGCUAAGGGGCGUGGUCUGCAGCCCAAAGGCCUGAGAAUUAAGGAGACUGCAGAGUUCAAGGUAUAUACAAAAGGAGCUGGUACAGGAGACCUGAAAGUCACUAUCAAAGGACCAAAGGGACUGGAGGAACCUUGUAAGAAGAAGGAUCUGGGAGAUGGAGUCUAUAGCUUUGAGUAUUACCCCACUACCCCAGGAACUUACAUCAUCACCAUUACAUGGGGCGGUCAGCACAUUCCUCGCAGCCCAUUUGAGGUUAAGAUUGGAGGUGAGGCAGGGCCACAGAAGGUGAGGGCAUGGGGUCCAGGAUUGGAGGGUGGUGUAGUUGGCAAGUCUGCUGACUUUGUGGUGGAGGCAGUUGGAGAUGACGUUGGCACAUUAGGGUUCUCUGUAGAGGGACCAUCACCAGCUAAGAUUGAGUGUGAUGAUAAGGGUGAUGGAUCCUGUGAUGUACGGUACUGGCCAACAGAACCUGGAGAGUAUGCUGUGCAUGUCCUCUGUAAGAAUGAGGACAUCCAGCACAGCCCUUUCAUGGCUGAAAUCCUACCAGCCCCUGGAAAAGACUUCCACCCAGACAAGGUGAAAGCCUAUGGUCCCGGUCUUCAGAGCACAGGACUGUCAGUGGGUAAGCCUGCUGAGUUCACCGUGGAUGCUAAACAGGCUGGAAAAGCUCCUCUGAAGAUCCAAGCUCAGGAUCGAGAUGGAAACCCAGUGGAUGUCCAGGUGAAGGAUAAUGGCAAUGGGACCUAUAGCUGCAGCUACACCCCACGCAAGCCCGUCAAACACACUGUCAUGGUGUCCUGGGGCGGAGUCAACAUCCCUGAAAGCCCCUUCAGGAUGAACAUUGGGGCUGGUUGUCAUCCUAACAAAGUCAAAGUAUCUGGACCUGGUGUUGCCAAGACUGGCCUGAAAGCUUUUGAGCCAACAUACUUUACUGUAGACUGCGCUGAGGCUGGACAGGGUGACAUCAGCAUUGGAAUUAAGUGUUCUCCAGGUGUCGUGGGUGCAGCUGAGGCUGAUAUCGACUUUGACAUCAUCAGAAAUGAUAACGACACGUUCACUGUCAAAUACACUCCUCCAGGUGCUGGCACCUACACCAUCAUGGUGCUGUUUGCUGAUCAGGCCAUUCCUAUGACACCCAUCAGAAUCAAAGUUGACCCCUCUCAUGAUGCCAGCAAAGUCAAAGCUGAGGGACCUGGUCUCAACCGCAGUGGUGUGGAGCUGAACAAACCCACUCACUUCACUGUGAACACUAAGGGUGCUGGCAAGGCCAAGCUGGAUGCUCAGUUCACAGGGCCCACUAAGGGCGACGUUGUUCGUGACUUUGACAUCAUCAACAACCAUGACAACACCUACACUGUCAAAUACACGCCUGUACAACAGGGUAACAUGGGUGUCAAUGUCACAUAUGGAGGUGACCCUAUUCCCAAGAGCCCUUUCUCUGUGCCUGUGGCUCCUUCCUUGGACCUCAGCAAGAUAAAGGUGUCAGGCCUUGGAGACAAGAUGACUGUCGGAAAAGACCAAGAUAUCACUGUUAAGUCUAAGGGUGCUGGGGGUCAGGGUAAGGUGGGGGCAAAGGUCACUGGCCCAGCAGGCAAAUCUGUACCCUGCAAGGUAGAACCAGGUCUGAGCCCUGAGACAAGCCAAGUUCGCUUUAUCCCAAGAGACAAGGGGCCUUACGAGGUGGAGCUCACUUACGAUGGAGCCCCCAUCCCAGGCAGUCCAUUCCCAGUCGAGGCUGUGGCUCCAACUGACCCAUCCAAGGUCCGCUGCUCUGGACCAGGCCUGGAACGAGCCAAAGUUGGGGAGCCUGGUCAGUUUGUGGUUGACUGCACCAAUGCUGGUCCAGCUGAGUUGACCAUUGAGAUCAUCUCAGACAAUGGUACUGAGGCAGAGGUGCACAUCCAGGACAAUGGAGACGGAACUUACACCAUCACUUACAUCCCCCUGUAUCCAGGAGCAUACACACUCACCAUCCGCUACGGUGGCCAGGAUGUGCCAAACUUCCCAGCCAGGCUGAAUGUAGAGCCUGCAGUGGACUCCAGCGGCGUGAAGGUGUUUGGACCUGGUGUGGAGGGCAAAGGAGUUUUCCGGGAAGCCACCACAGACUUCACUGUCGAUGCUCGGUCCCUCACAAAGACUGGCGGGAACCACAUCAAGACUGCCAUCAACAACCCAUCUGGCAAUCGCACUGAUGCUCUCAUCAGGGACCUUGGAGAUGGCACCUACCAAGUAGAGUACACUCCCUAUGAGGAGGGUGUACACAGUGUGGAGGUUUCCUAUGAUGAUGCCCCAGUGCCUAAAAGUCCAUUCCGUGUGCCUGUGACGGAGGGUUGUGACCCAGCCCGUGUGCGUGUGCAUGGCCCAGGACUACAGUGUGGCACCACCAACAAACCCAACAAGUUCACUGUGGAGACACGUGGGGCAGGUACUGGUGGACUGGGCUUGGCCAUGGAGGGCCCAUCUGAAGCUAAGAUGUCGUGCACUGAUAACAAAGAUGGCAGCUGCUCUGUUGAGUACAUACCAUAUGAGCCAGGCACCUACAACCUUAACAUAACUUAUGGAGGCCAGCCAAUUACUGGGAGCCCAUUCUCUGUCCCUGUCCAUGACACAGUUGAUGCCACAAAGGUCAAAUGUCAAGGUCAGGGCUUGGGUAACAAUGUGCGAGCCAACAUUCCCCAGAGUUUCACUGUAGACGCCAGUAAGGCGGGAGUGGCCCCACUGCAGGUCCGAGUGCAAGGACCUAAAGGAGUUGUGGAGCCAGUUGAGAUAGUGGACAAUGGAGAUCAGACUCACACUGUGAAUUACGUGCCCACUAGAGAAGGGCCGUACUCAAUAAAUGUGCUGUAUGCUGAUGAGGAAAUUCCACGGAGUCCCUAUAAGGUGAAGGUUCUUCCCACUCACGAUGCCAGUAAGGUGCGUGCCAGCGGCCCUGGACUAAAUACCACGGGAGUGCCUGCCAGUAUGCCUGUGGAGUUCACUAUCGAUGCCAAAGAUGCAGGGGAAGGACUCCUGGCAGUCCAGAUCACUGAUCCAGAAGGGAAACCAAAGAAGGCCAACAUUCGUGACAAUCAGGAUGGGACCUACCUUGUGUCUUACGUACCUGACAUGACUGGUCGUUACACCAUCCUCAUUAAGUACGGUGGAGAUGAGAUUCCAUACUCUCCUUACCGUAUCAGAGCUGUUCCCACUGGAGAUGCCAGCAAAUGCACUGUUACAGUUUCAAUUGGAGGUCACGGUUUGGGAGCUGGAGUGGGACCCACUAUUCAAAUUGGAGAACAGACAGUCAUUACUGUGGAUGCAAAGGCUGCUGGGAAAGGCAAGGUGACGUGCACAGUGUGCACUCCAGAUGGAGCAGAGGUGGAUGUGGAUGUGGUUGAGAACGAGGAUGGAACUUUUGACAUCUUCUACACGGCCCCACAGCCUGGGAAGUACGUCAUCUGUGUGCGCUUUGGAGGGGAACACAUUCCGAACAGCCCCUUCCAGGUCACGGCUUUGGAAGGUGCCUCCACUGAACCACUAAUGCAGCAGACGCAGGUCCCGCAGUACGCCUACGCGCCCAACAUGGGCCAGCCAUGGGCAACAGACCGUCCAAUGGGCAUGAAUGGAUUAGAUGUGGCUGGGCUGCGACCUUUCGACCUGGUCAUACCAUUCACCAUCCAGAAGGGUGAGAUCACAGGUGAUGUGCGAAUGCCAUCCGGAAAAGUGGCCAAGCCUGACAUCACAGAUAACAAAGACGGCACAGUCACUGUGAAGUAUGCCCCAACUGAGGCUGGGUUACACGAGAUGGAUAUUAAAUAUGACGGAAUACACAUCCCAGGAAGUCCACUGCAGUUCUAUGUGGACUAUGUUAACAGUGGACAUGUGACUGCUUAUGGUCCUGGACUGAUUCAUGGCAUGGUUAACAAGCCCGCAGUGUUCACUGUCAACACCAAAGACGCUGGGGAAGGUGGCUUGUCUUUGGCUAUCGAGGGGCCUUCAAAGGCAGACAUCAGCUGCACAGAUAAUCAAGAUGGCACUUGCACCGUGUCCUACCUGCCUGUCCUUCCUGGAGACUAUAACAUCCUGGUCAAGUACAAUGACAAGCACAUUCCUGGUAGCCCCUUUGUGGCUAAGAUCACAGGUGAUGACUCCAUGAGAAUGUCCCAUCUGAAGGUGGGCUCAGCUGCAGACAUUCCUUUGGAUAUUGGAGAGCUGGACCUCAGUCAGCUGACAGCCUCUCUGACCACCCCAUCUGGACGGGAGGAGCCAUGCCUGCUUAAAAUGCUGCGCAACGGUCAUGUGGGUAUCUCUUUUGUGCCUAAAGAGAUUGGAGAACACCUGGUGAACAUCAAAAAGAAUGGCCGCCAUAUCCCCAACAGCCCCAUUGCUGUCAUGAUCAACCAGUCAGAGAUUGGCGAUGCUAGCCGCGUGCGUGUUUAUGGCCAGGGCCUGAGUGAGGCUCGCACCUUUGAGCCGGCUGAGUUUAUCAUCGACACUCGUGAAGCAGGCUAUGGAGGUCUCAGUCUGUCCAUCGAAGGUCCCAGUAAGGUCGACAUUAAUACUGAGGACCAGGAGGAUGGAACCUGCAAGGUCACCUACUGUCCCACUGAGCCAGGAAAUUACAUCAUCAACAUUAAGUUUGCUGACCAGCAUGUUCCAGGAAGUGCUUUCACAGUGAAGGUGACUGGAGAAGGCAGGAUGAAGGAGAGUAUCACCAGAAGGAGAAGAGCUGCAUCUGUGGCCAACAUUGGCAGUCAGUGCGAUCUAAGUCUUAAAAUCCCUGAGAUCAGCAUUGCUGAUAUGACUGCUCAAGUGACCAGCCCUUCUGGAAAGGUUCACAAGGCUGAGAUCAUGGAGGGUGAGAACAACACCUACUGCAUCCGUUUCGUUCCCACGGAAAUGGGCGUCCAUACAGUCAGUGUGAAAUACCAAGGCCAGCAUGUCCCUGGGAGCCCCUUCCAGUUCACUGUGGGACCACUCGGGGAAGGAGGAGCCCACAAGGUCCGUGCAGGAGGACCAGGCCUGGAGAGAGCAGAGGCCGGAGUUCCAGCCGAGUUCAGUAUAUGGACACGUGAAGCUGGGGCUGGAGGUCUGUCCAUUGCUGUUGAGGGACCCAGCAAAGCAGAGAUUGCCUUCGAAGACCGCAAAGACGGUUCCAGUGGAGUCUCUUACAUUGUCCAGGAGCCAGGAGAUUAUGAGGUGUCCAUCAGGUUCAAUGAUGAGCACAUCCCUGACAGCCCCUUCGUGGUGCCCGUGGCCUCGCCCUCAGACGAUGCCCGUCGCCUCACUGUUGCCAGUCUUCAGGAGUCGGGGUUAAAGGUGAACCAACCAGCCUCUUUCGCAGUGAGCCUCAAUGGAGCAAAGGGUGUUAUUGAUGCUAAAGUUCACAGCCCAUCAGGAGCUUUGGAGGAAUGCUGUGUUACAGAGAUUGAUGAAGAUAAGUAUGCGGUAAGGUUCAUCCCCAGGGAGAAUGGCCUGUAUCUGAUUGAUGUGAAAUUCAAUGGCUCCCACAUCCCCGGUAGCCCCUUCAAGAUCCGGGUGGGUGAGACAGGCCAGGCAGGAGACCCAGGGAUGGUGUCUGCUUACGGUGCUGGCCUGGAAGGAGGCACUACAGGAUCUCCAUGUGAGUUCAUUGUGAACACAAGCUCUGCUGGUCCUGGUGCCCUGGCAGUGACCAUUGAUGGCCCAUCUAAGGUGAAGAUGGACUGCCAGGAGUGCUCAGAGGGGUACAAAGUAACCUACACCCCCAUGGCCCCUGGGAACUACUUAAUCUCUAUCAAAUAUGGUGGACCAUACCACAUUGGUGGCAGCCCUUUCAAAGCUAAAAUCACAGGAUCUCGCUUGGUCAGCAGCCACAGCAUGCAUGAGACAUCGUCAGUGCUUGUUGACCCUGUGACCCGCAGUGUGACCUCUAGUCAGCAGGCAGCACCCGGCUGGGCAGCCUCUGAUGCCAGCCGUGUUGUUGCUAAGGGCCUGGGUCUCACCAAGGGCUUCAUUGGCCAGAAGAACAGCUUUAGUGUGGACUGUAGCAAAGCAGGGAGGAACAUGCUGCUGGUUGGAGUGGAUGGACCUAAAGUGCCCUGUGAAGAGAUCCUUGUUAAACACCUGGGCAAUCGCCUCUAUAAUGUGUCUUACCAGCUGAAAGAGAAAGGCGAAUACAUCUUAGUGGUGAAGUGGGGUGAUGAGCACAUUCCUGGGAGCCCAUACCACAUCACUGUUUAAUUUUCCCAGCCACUGCUUAGAGUCACCUCUAACCCCACCCAAGAAUUGUUUCCCUGUGCCCAAAAUAUGAAUACACACUGAACAUUCACUCUUUCUCUCCGUCUCUAUUUCUCUCUCUCCAUCUGCAUUCAUAUUUCUUGCCUUCUGCCUCAUCUGUCCAUCACCCCUGCCCCCAUAAUGUUCAGAGAGGAUAGAGACGCACCUUUUUGCUGUAAACCAUCUUAAGUUGGGUCUUAACCUUCAGUUGGUCUUUGUAGUGGAUGUCCACCACAAUACUGAUAUUAAAGCGGAUACAGUUGAUUUUCUAGCCCUGGCUCACUCUGUGUUGGUUUACAAUAGUAUUCGUUCAUGAAUCUAUCCCUAGUAAGUAGCUGCUGCUAUAUUUGCCUGGUUUAGGACACUGCUAUUCAGAUUGGAAUAGUCUUUGCUUGCUCCAGGAGGGACUGAAGUGUUGCACUUCCAGAAUAACAUCCUUUUGUUUUUGUUAAACUUAGAAUAGUGGGGAAGUGACACACAGUAAUCUGAAACAUGUCUAUCAUGCCUUUUUUAACUAAAUUAACACUGGUGCCAAAGUUCUAUGGAUUUGCCCGUGUAUUUUAUGUGUGAAUCCUCUGUGGCAAACCAUUCAACUACUUUCUGCCCUCUUGAGGGUAUUUCCAAGUGUGAAAACAUUACUGAAAUAUCUGACUGAAACCAGAUGACUUAUUAGAAGGUGGAUAUUAAUGCUUGCUUGAUGGUCUUUAGCAUCAAUAUUUUGCAAGAAAAAAAAGGGAAACACAAUUUUGGAAUGAAGGGGAUAAUUGUGAAUGUCACUUGCCGUGGGGUGUGAAACGAAAGUAAGAUUUUGGCUACAUGUUGAUGUUCUGUGGCUAUAAAGUGAUUCAGCAUUCCUUAAGCAAAAUGUUUCCUGUUCACUUUCACUCCCCAACCCCUCAGUGCCUUUCCGUGCUUCAAUGUCAAUGUGUAAUCAGUAUUCAAACAUCAUAGAAAUUAAUCUUGUGUUUUAAAGAAAGAAAGCCA